GUACGAUUCCAAAUCGAAACUCCUUACUGAUUGCAGGGGAUCUGAACUGCUCUGCAGAGCUGGAUGGACCACAUGUCGGGUUUCAUUUUUCCUACAAAUCCAGACAGUCCACAGGGUUCACGUAUCAACAGAGGAUGCGCUGCAGAUUGGACUGGCAAGGAGGAAGUGACACCUGGGAGUCCAUGAUGGAGCAGACUGGCAAUGCCCUGCAAGAAAUCUGUGCCAACUCUGACUCCAAUGGGGCACUGCAAAUGACCAGAGAUUUUGUUGAACGUAUUUGGGCGGGCGCAGAAGCCAUCAAUCUCGGUCCCAGGGACCCCCCUGGGGUCCCCCUCUCGAUUGCAGACAUUGAGUUCGAGUUGCAAAGAUUGCCCCACAAUAAGUCAGUAGCAUCCCCGUGCAUAGCACUGCAGGAGCCCCUGGGCAAGUGCAUUCUAGGUACAAGCUACUGCGUGGAACAGGCUGGAGAAACUGUUGUAGUUGAAACCUCCAAAGGAGUGCGUCAAGGCUGUCGAGCCGUGCAAGUGCCAGUUUCACCCACUGCUGACAACGGCCUUGAGGUACGCCCAUGUGACACGGGCCUGGACCUGGAUGCUCUACUUCGUGAAGAAGAGGAACAGCGCAUUUUGCGCAUGCAUCAGAGUUUAGUUGCCAACCUCCUCAACAAGCCAUAUGGUGAGGCCUUGCUCGACAUUGUCCGUAGAAGGGACUGGGCCGCCCUGGUUGACCAACGCAGUGCAUGCCAGGACCUUGCCAAUCAAUGUUGUGUAUGUGAUUUUCACUUCACACGGCCACAGGAACUGCACAGUCAUAUGCGUGUGCAUCACCCCAAGUGGAUUCCACACACUUUCACCAAGGGCUCCCAGUUGUGCAAAGGCUUUGCAAGCAACUCACCAUGCCGGUAUUGCAACAAGAGUUUCAAGCAGGCGCAUUCCUGUCCAAUUCUCACACAGCUGGGCAUGCUGCUGAUACACCUGCCAUCUGAGACAGACCAGCAGGAGGACCCACCAUCGGCGGCCUUGCGAUGUGAAAUCUGUGGACUUCAAGCUGCCACCUUAGAUGAAAUUCACAGUCAUCUUGCCAACACGCACAGGCUUGCCUUCCAUGACUGGCAGCCGGAACGGGAUUUGAUGGGCAGGGACCCGGCCUGCAAUCACUGUGCCACGCCAUUUGCCAGUGUCUCUGCAGUCAGGCAACAUGUGACGUUGGGACAAUGCCGAGAGUUUGACCCUCAUCGAUCACCAUCCCUGUUGCCCAUCUCACCCGAGAUACAGCUGAUGAUGCAAACUGGUGAUUUUCAUCCUUUGUUGCAAGACCCCAUGAAGCGUAUGCGCCUGACGUUGCACUGUGCCCAAUGUGGAGUUACAUACUCGAGGUCAAACGACUUGAUGCUCCAUCUGCAGACUGCACACUCGGCCAUGUGGAACCAGGCACAAGCCAUGACGAAGUUUCUUGUCAAAGUCCUGGCCCCCAUCCAUGCCUGUGUAUGCAAUCCCAGUGUCAACAAGUUCACAUUGACCCAUGUGUGUCCCUUCUACCGUCAGAUGGCAAUGCUAUGGACGCGAUCCUCUGUCGAGCUCCUUUUGCCGUGGCUCUCAGACAAAGGCAGUUUGACCACCUUGAUGCAACGAUGCCAUUUGCAUGCGGCCUGUCAAUCGGUGAUUGAAGCCAUCCAUGCAAGACAGUUGAAGCGUCUUUUGCAAGAGUCGGAGAUGAACGAGUUCCUGCGAUCUCAUUGUGUCCUGUGUGGAGGUGCCUUCCAUCCUGCACUCCUCCGAGAUCAUUUGAUCCAGGUUCAUGCCUCAAGUCUGACCAGAUUGUAUGACAUUCUGCAUUUUCUGUACGACACUUACAUGAAGGUAGCCCACACUGACUAUCAAUGUGCACAGUGCAAUCAAAUCUUCAACCUGCCGUUGCUUGGUGAUCCGACGCUGGCUGAACAGCACUCGAGACAGACUCUAGUCUUGGCUCACUUUCAGCAGUGCAAGGAGACGCAGGAACUCAUGGCGACGUUCAGCGCCAUGGCACCGCUCCUGGCUCAGCACAACCAAAAGCAAAAAGAAGACGAAAGGGGUCCCAAGAAGGCCAAGACCCAACAUCGACCACCCCAGGAGGAGCCGGCACAGGCGCUGCCUCAAGUGGUGAUGCAGAUGGCCAAGCUUCUCAUCAGACUGGAUGCGGACCAGAAUCUACUGAGAAAGCAAGACUCCUUCGUCUUUUACAUGCAAAUGGAGCCGGAGUCGGUGAUUCAUGUCCUGACAGCUCGAGCCAAGGCCUGGCACCACGAGAUGUCACAGGAGACACCAAUGAAGACACAGGAAUGGAAGCCACUGAGGGUCACCCUGAUGCAUCACCUGGCAAUGACGUUGCAGCAGCGCUUACAGAAGCUAUAUGCUUGCCAGCCGACGGAUGCCCUGUUUCAGAAGGCAAUGGAGCACCAUCUGUUGAAUGCCAAGGGGGAGUUCUUUUUCCAGCGUUGGGACCCGACCAGUCGAAAGCUGACGCAAACAGAUCAAGCGCCAAUUCCCAUGGACAGGAUGCGACGCUACAUGGACCAGCUGGUGGAGACCACACAGGAGGCAGGCAACAUCCUGAAGUUCCACUCGCUGAAGGCGUCGGGGGAGCAGGCGGUGACGCCCUGGCUACUCCAAAUAUCCCUCAGGUGCGACGACCUUCAAGUCUUGCUGGAGACUCUGUCGGGGAACAAAGUAUGGAGGCUCCUCCGUGCUGCUAUGAGCAACAUGGUCUUGCACAAUGAUCGCAAUGACUGUUUCAUCAAUGCAGCGGUGACAGCCACCCUUUGGACGUUUCUGAGCCGAUCUGACUUUGAGCCAUCUUUUCUGGGGCCACAGGCCACCCUGAUUGCUGAGAGUGUGCUAGGUGACCCUGUGGAGUUCAUUUCACACGUGUUGCGGGGAAUGAGAUUUGAGGGCUUUGACAUGACGUGGGAGCGUCGAGUCCAGAUCAAUGAUACUGUGCGAGUCAUGGAUCAAAGUGCUGCAGACAGGCCGUUGACAGUGCAAUUUGAUUUGAUGGACAUAGAGACUUCUCCCUUGGAUUACACAUCAUUGCAAACGAUGUUGAACUCCUGGUCGUCUCAGUAUGGUAUGCAUACUGCUUUGAAAGCCCGCACUCCACUGCUGUGCAUCCAUGUUGAUCGAUACAUCAACCAAGGUUCUGAAGCAGCUGUGAAAAGUGAGCGCCCUAUUCAUUUUUGGGGUGCGAUCGAUGUCCCAUUCUUUGCAGAUGAUGAGCUCCAAAUCGACACUGCUGAAUAUCAAAUCCUGGCUGCUGUGUCUCACUCAGGUAUGGACUCAGCUGGACACUGCCGCGCCCUGCUGACCACAUGGCCCACAGAGCAGCCACCAAUCAGCUUCCUGCUGGUGGAUGAUGAUCAGCCCCCUCAAAGACUCAGGGCUGAGCCAGAAUGGUUCAAGCGAGAUGUGAUGUGUCUCUGGUUUUGCCAUAGUGACUACCUGGAUCUGUUCCAUAUGACUGACCCGCUGCAGCCACAUCCAAUCGACGGCCCAUCCACUUCUGAUUCAGAAGAUGCGACAGACCCUGACAAUAUGGUAAAAAAAGUGGAGCUGGUCCAAGAGGCAAAGGCCCAACGUAUCACGAAGGAGGCCAACAACUGCCUUCGGCAUGUUGAG